UUUCCAUAAUAAUCCAUACACCAUCUUAACAUUACAUACAAACCUAAGCGAGCGUUGGUUGGAAUAUGGCCAGGUCCACCACUCCUCCGACGAUCAAACCGGAAAAUUACGGCCACAGUCCGGUUCACUACGCCGUCGCUUUGGGCGACCACACCACCCUCUCCAGAAUCACCUCCUCACUCCCUCGUCUCCCCGAUCCCUCUCUAAUUCAAACCGAAUCCGAUUCCCUCGCUCAAGAAAAAAUCGCUGAUCAGAUCUCCCUCGUCCUCGACCGCCGCGACGUUCCUUAUAGAGAAACUCCUCUCCACCUCGCCGUCCGACUUAACGACCUUUUCGCCGCUCGCGCCCUCGCUACCGCCGGCGCCGACGUCUCCCUCCAGAACUCCGCCGGCUGGAACUCUUUGCAGGAGGCGCUAUGCCGCCGCGCCUCCGACAUCGCGCUCGUCCUCCUCCGUCUCCACCACCGAAACGCCUGGUCCAAGUGGCGCCGCCGCCUCCCGCGCGUCAUCGCCGCGCUCCGCCGCAUGCGCGACUUUUACAUGGAGAUCUCCUUCCACUUCGAGAGCUCCGUCAUUCCCUUCGUCGGCAAGAUUGCCCCCUCCGACACCUACAAAAUCUGGAAGCGCGACGGCAACCUCCGCGCUGACACCUCUCUCGCCGGCUUCGACGGCCUUAAGAUCCAGCGCGCCGACCAAAGCUUCCUCUUCCUCGGCGACGUCGAUCACACGCACGACGUCCCCUCCGGUUCGCUCCUCGUCCUCAACCGCGACGACCGCAAAAUCUUCGACGCCUUCGAGAACGCCGGAGGACCGAUGAAUGAGUCCGACGUUGCCGGAUUCUGCUCGCAGACGAGCGUGUACCGUCCCGGUAUGGACGUGACGAAGGCAGAGCUUGUAGGCAGAACGAAUUGGCGAAGACAAGAGAAAAUAGAGAGCGUGGGGGAGUGGAAGGCAAAAGUGUACGAAAUGCACAACGUGGUUUUCAGUUUCCGAUCACGGAAAGUGGCCGGCGGAGAUUCUGACGUGGCAGGGAGCGAGCAGGUGCUGCCGUUGGAACUGGACGAAGACGACGACGGUUUUCUCGUUGCGGAGAAUCCGAAUUUCGGGUUCCCAAUGCCAGACAAGAGAAGACACAGUAGCUUCGUUCGAGAAGAGAGAGAGUGGGUCCCAAUGGGAAGGAAAAGCGUCGACCUAACGUCCGUAACGGCCCCACAGCCGCGAAGGUCACCGCAAAGCGUGACCAUGCCACAGACCAAGGAAAAGGAGUACGUUAGAAGCUUACGGCCGUCAGUGUGGCUAACGGAGCAGUUUCCAUUAAAGACCGAGGAGCUUCUGCCGUUACUCGACAUACUCGCUAAUAAGGUCAAAGCAGUGAGGAGGCUCAGAGAGUUACUCACUACCACGUUCCCGCCGGGAACAUUCCCCGUUAAGUGGGUUCAGGUGGCUAUACCGGUGGUCCCUACGGUGAGGGUGGUGAUUACGUUCACAAAGUUCGUGGAGCUGCAACCUCUGGAGCAAUUCUACACUCCAUUCUCGAGCCCAAGGCAUUUGCUCCUCAGUGCAAGCAGAGGAGGAGAUGAGCAACAGAGCAAAGCAGAAAACAGGUGCUCUUCUUCGAGCUCAUCGACGUGGCUGAGACGAAAUAAUAGCGUGUCGAAUAAGCAACGAUGUAUGGCAUUGGAUUCGGACCCUUUUGCGAUUCCUGCGGGAUACACAUGGACCAGUGUGGAUGAUAAAUCUCGUAAAAUGAAGAAAUCCAAGUCCGUCAGAAAGUCUAAGUAAACCAAUUGGAAUGGUGGUGUCUUUAGCGUCCUCCAAUAUGUACAUAGAUAUCCCGUCUAGUUUUUAUACUCAGCUGGUUUCACAAAGGUGUUUAGAAGCCGCUGGAGCUUCUAAUGGAAUCACCCAAAUGGUGCUUAGAAGCUAGGGCUACAUUCCUUUGCUUAUUGUUUUCUUUUAUCUGUUUCAUUUCAUGCAUUCAUUCUUUUAAAGCAAAA